AUGUCUGCCAAACGCACAAGCAAUAUCUCACUCAAGAACGGUUCAGGCAAGCGCCUGAGAGGGGGCGACGCGAGUAAAGCACUCAGUCACUCGCUGGUGCCGUUAGCGCCAAACGACAACACGUUGCAAAGCAGCACCAGCAACAGCAACAAGAUCCAGGCAGAGCGCGAAGAGCUCGCCAAGGGUGCUGUCUCUGGCCAACUCAUCGAAGGUGCCGACCAAAUCCACACUAUCAUAGCUCCGAGGGGAGAGGCGGGCAGUGUUUCUUCAUCCAUAGCCGACAUUAUCUACCUCGAGCUGGAACAUUUGCUGGACUCCAAUGCAGAUGGUUCCGAUGCAAACAGCAUAUUCACCUAUAUAAUGGACCUGUUGCGCAAGAGCACCAAAGACGAAAGCCUGCACUCGUGUCGACUUCGAACCAGAGGGUAUAAGGCUAAAAGGAGGGAGUUCCUCGAAAGUCUGCAAGGGGUUCUGGAGGAGCUGCAGGUGUGGGUCCGCCAUCACAACAAGGGCAAGGCCGGCGGCAAGAAAGAAACAAAGUUGUACACCCCCUUCCAGUCCUUCGUUCACUUUGUCGCCCCAUUUGUCAAGUUCCUCUUUGACAAACUUGGUCUCGGUACGCUUUUCCCUUCUGUUGUUCAUCAGCGCUGUAUCAUCUGCUAUCCGAAGACGAACAGAAAGCCCCUAUGUGGCGACGACGACCGCAAGAUUGACAUCGGGUUGACCACCUGUCGACCUGGCGAUUUGGAAGAGCAGCUGCCUGAUAUGCCCUAUGCAGAUAUAUUCGCCAUUGUCGAGGCAAAGUACUCAAACACCCGCAAGGACAAGAAUGGCGCAUACAAGCAGCUUGUGGACUACUCGCACCAUAUGUAUGCUGCCCAGCCUGAUCGCCGCUUUAUUCUUGGACAGACCUCCUGUGGAGCCGAGAUGCGGGCCUGCUUGUUCUCAAACGACUGCAUAUUUGCAAGCAACCCCAUGGACGUAUCAACAAGCGCAGGUCGUCGGGAGUACAUUGGGUUGCUGGUGAACCUCUCACUGUGUGACAAAGACCAGCUGAGGUAUGAUCCGACGAUGACCAGGGAUAGAGAGCAUGAGUACUGGACCAUCGAGUGCCCUGACACUCCAGGCAAGUCAUCAGGCAGCCAGGCAACAAAAACGCACUACUUCAGAGAUGAAGUUGCCAAAGCUGAUAGCCUUUUCGGUCGGCACACGAGGUGCUUUUUGGCAACAGAUGAGGACCCUGCUGGUGACAGAAUCAAGCCCAAGUUUGUUGUGAAGGAUGCAUGGCCGGAGGUUCUACAGGACCAUGACGACACGCGGGACGAGGUGAUGUUUAUGCGCCGAAUCACAGAGGAACUUGCGAACUCAGAUGUCGAAGACCUGGUCUAUCCGAAGCUCGAAGCCGGUGGUCGUGUCUUGAUCGAUACUGACAGGGGCCAAUUUGAGGACAACACGAAAAAUGCACUGGGUCCACUCUACUUGCUGCGCAAGCCAGACAGCACAGCAAUACCGUUCCGCGUCCAUAAGCGCCUGGUUAUGUCCCCGAUUGGUGAACCACUGGAAACCGUCGAGUCUGUCCACGAGCUCAUUGUUGUGCUAGGCGAUGCGAUGCGCUGCCACACCGAGGUUCUGCGGCGGUGCAACAUCCUCCACCGCGACAACUCAAACAACAAUGUCCUUGUCGUGCGUGAGGAAGGCAAACAACCUCGCGGACUACUGAUAGAUUUCGACUGCGCAGUGGAUGUAAGUGAGAACCAGGCGCCGAACCCAGAGAAUAUAGGGACAUUCCCCUACAGGAGCAUCAGCAAUCUGUUUGGAUCUGAUGUGGAGCGGACAGAGUUGGAUGAUUUGGAGUCGCUACUCUACCUACUGUGCUAUUUCGCAACAGUCGGUGUCAGAGAGGAUUGCAAACGAUCUCAGGCAGAUAUGGAUGGUCUACUGAUUAAAAAAAAUGGCACACAAGAGAUGCUCAAACCAUCAGAUAUUUAAAGCUAGGGGUUAUGACAUCACUUCCUGACUUUGAAUGAUGCAUUAGCUGACAUUUCAACAGUGACCAGCCUAAUGUCGAGGAUGUUCAAGCAUUAGCAAGAGAUAUCUACACCAAUCUGUUUGGAACCCGAUCUUCAGCGACAAUCGUUCCAAAGGCCCUGUAUGUGUAUGUAUUGAUGACAUGUGGUUUGACCCAUCCGAGGAGCGAGUGAGAGAAAAGGACGCACUUGUCGCAACCCUUAUGUGUGCUCUAAGCAUGGC